AUGAUUCCGCAGAGGCCCGCCCUGGGGCGCCCGCCGGUGAAGAGGAAGUUGGAUUUGGAGACUGACCACCAGUACAUAGCAGAGAGUUUCCAGCCAUCCCGGGGGAAAGCAAAAAACCCUGUCAAAGGAGCAAAAUCUCCUGGGGAGAAAUCCCGCUAUGAAACCUCUCUGAAUUUGACCACCAAGCGUUUCCUCGAGUUGCUGAACCAGUCGCCUGAUGGGGUGGUGGACCUGAACUGGGCAGCAGAGGUCCUGAAAGUACAAAAGAGGCGGAUCUAUGACAUCACCAAUGUCCUGGAGGGCAUCCACCUCAUCACCAAGAAAUCCAAGAACAACAUCCAGUGGCUGGGUAGCCAGUUGACUGUGGGGACAUCCAGUCAGCACCAGGUGCUGGAGAAGGAAGUCCAGGACCUUCAGGCAGCUGAGCGGCACCUGGACGAUCUCAUCCAGACAUGCACCAUCCAGCUCAAGCUCCUCACUGAAGACCCUGAGAAUCAGCACUCAGCUUAUGUGACCUGCCAAGAUCUGCGAAGCGUUGCAGAUCCCUCUGAGGAAAUGGUGAUGGUAAUAAAAGCCCCUCCGGAGACUCAGCUACAGGUUUCGGAUCCAACAGAGGCUUUUCAGAUUUCUUUGAAAAGCACCCAGGGCCCCAUUGAUGUGUUCCUGUGCCCUGAAGACAGCUCUGGAGUCUGUAGCCCAGUUAAGAGUCCUUUCAAAGCAGCCCCUGAGGACUCAACCCCAGGCUCUUCUCAAACAGUGGUGACAUCCCCGCUCUUACACCCUGCCCAGGAUGUGAAUAUGCCAGUGUUGACCAAUGAGCAAGAGCCUCUCCUGCCUGGGGAGAAUGUGCUGCCACUGAAGUGUCCAGCUGAUGAGGUGAGUCUGUCACCGCUGGCCUCUGUGGAUACUCUGCUGGAGCAGAGCAAGGACGAUUUCUCCAGCUUCCUCCCAGAUGAAUUCAUUAACCUGUCUCCACCCCAGCCACAGGAUUACCACUUUGGCCUGGAGGAGGGUGAAGGCAUCAGUGAACUUUUUGACUGUGACUUUGGGGACUUCACACCCUUGGACUUCUGAUGAUCUCCCAAGGAGCCUCCCUGUCCUGCCCUGGCCAGAAUUGGGGUGGGGGGCAGCGGGUGUUCUUCUCAGAUGCUGACGUCUGAAUGUAAUGUUUUGGCUGGCUCUGGUUCUGUGAACCAGCUGGUCUGGGCUGGGGAGGCUCAUAAUCAGAGCUGACACUGAGGUAUUGGGGGCUGAAGCCAAUGGCAAUUGUUGGUAGUGAAUGCUAUUUGAAAAUGCCUGUGUAAAUGGGGUUUGGCUGAUGUGGCAGUGGGAGAGAGGCAUGCAAGUGCAAAGCUGGUGGAUGCUGUGCUGUGAAAGCAUGAGGGUUAUGGCACUAGGUGUGUUGCGCUCUCCUGAGGUCCCAGGGUAUGGCCAGCAUCUCUCCUUCCCUGGCAUGUGUGCUUUCCUCUGCAAACCUGCUCAUGCUGCAGGGAGCUUUGUGCUUCCUGGUGCUGCGUUGGCUAUGCUGCAACCCCAUGUAGCCACUGCCAUAGUAACAAAUGCCACUUAACUUAUUCUCCCUAAACCACCUCAGAUUCCCUGAUCUCUUGCCUUAGGGCUUCUCUCAUCUCAGACAAGUCGCUUCUUGAGCUGUAGAUCCAGAUAUCCCUCCAGGUACGUGAGCCUUUCCCCCACCUCUCCACUCCCUCUCUUGCCUUAACAAUUAAUUGAUCUGGGGAGCCAUCUGUCAGGUCCUUUGCCCAGGUGUGAUGCCUGUGGAGCCCAAGAGGGCAUGGAGACCUUUUUAUGCCAAUCUCUAAGCUCAUCUGUGGGCAAAGAUAUGUCCCUCUAGUUUUAGAGACAUCCUGAUUCUGGCUACCUGCUGCACAGAGAAUGCCAGAGCUUGCAAACUGCCUUGAUCAUGAGGGCCUCUGGCUGGCAAGGAGGGGGAAUCCUUCAGGAGUGUAAAUAGUAGUGACAGGGUGGCUGUGGAUAAGGAAUGGAGGAUGGGGAUGGAGGAAUCUUGGCACAUACUAUUGUUUGCCCUUUUGGUAGUAAGCCUGCUGGAUCCAAUGACUUUGGGGGGGGGCAGGUUUUGCUGCCUCUUUGGAAGAGAAGUAGAGCCCUAGUCUAACAAGUCACUGGCUGGGGCUCCCUUCUGCAGAGGGACAACGUGUAGAACUCCAGUCAGCUCUGGGCUCUGCGGCAGGAGCAGGGAGGCCAGGGGCAUGCAGUGCCUGGAUGCAGGGUGGCACUGGUGGAGCUCUUAGCUUUCAGUGGUUCCUCAUUACAAAGCUUUAAGGAUUCCUUGAUUUUUAUUUAUUUUCAUUCCUUUGGAGGCAGCUUUGACUUCCUAGGUGGAAUGCAUCUGUAGAAACCAGUGCCCUGCUAGGAAGCCCCUAUCAUUAGCUAUGCUGGUUCUCUGCAGGCACGGGGUACAGGGUAGAUGAUGUGACAGCUUCCCAGGUGGAGCUGUGAGUACAGCAAGGGUUUAGUUUGGGGCUGGGAGGCAGAGAGGUGGCGCUUGUCUCCUUGCAGGACUAGGGUGCCAUCUGGUCCUGUCAAGGAUUUGUUGAGAGGCUGGGCAAGUCACUUUUUCUCCCUCUGCUUCCAUCAGUCGCUGCCAGCAGCACAACCCUCAGAGUGCUGCAAGACCUUCAAAUAAAUGCAUAUUAUUUAUUUAUUAUUUAUGUGGCUUAGAAGCUCUUUCUGAGGCUUCUGGAAGGCGUGAGUGUGUCAGAGUGGGCGACUUCCUGGCAUACUAGUUAUGGGCCUUGGGGUGCCCUGUGUUGCUAGGCUGGAGAGGUCCAGCCAUUAAACACAGAAUGGCAGAGCUCCUUGUGCAUGAAGCCUGCUAGUGGGUAAGGGGAAGACCCUGGGGGCACUAGCUGCUUUAUUGUAGUUUAGCUGUUGGGCCAAAAGUAGGGGCCAUGUUGUGACUGGUCAGGAGCUCAAACCAUUGGGCAAAGUGGGUUAUUUAUUGUAGACAGAAAAUGGGUAGCAGACCUGGCUGAUAAAGACAAAGCUACAGAAAAAAGGAAGGGGUGGUAGAGGUGGGAGUGCAUUUGAAGAGGCAUGGGAACAGCUUAAUCACCCAGGUGAAGGAGGCACAGUAAAACUGAGGGAGAAACUGAAGGCAGCUCCAGGAUGUUGGCACGGGGCAAGCAAUGGUGCUAACACUGGGGACCCUUUCAGGCCAAGGUGGGAAGGAGACAGCAACCUGGCUGUUUUUGUGCCUCCUUAAGGCAUGACAUGGGGGUCUCUCACUUGUGAAACAGCAGGAAGCUGUUGUCACAGACUGUUUCCACAUACUAUUUGGGUGCCUGUGAAUGUGUGUCCUGGGCUCAAUCUCUUGUUAGUACAAAGGGGUGAGAAACUGCACAGAUGUGGUAUUUUGCAUUGGAGUGCCCUGGCAGGAAUGGCUGAUUCCAUUGGUCCUGCAUGCCUCCGAUCCUAACUACAGUAGGAGUCUCGGGAUGUGACCUCAUAACUGGAUCUGCUUCUGCUGUGUAAAGCACUGCACCUGUUCCUUCCUACAUCCUAAACAUGCUGCUACCAGCUGGCUGGCUGGAGCUUAAGGGGGAUGGUUUCUCUCAGCACAGCACCAAAGCAUAAGCAAGAAAUAGUUGAGUGCUUCUUCCAGUGGUCAGGUUUCAUGAGUCCUGAAGCCAUCCCAAACUCAGGAAAAUAGGUAUUCCACUGUGCAGUAGAGGAUGCAUGGCCUGUUGCAGACCGAGCAGACCCUGCCAGUGGGUGCAGUAGCUUGUGUUGAGUACACUGAUUGAGUGGCUUUUUCUACUGCUUUACACACGGGAAUGUGUUGAGAGCAGACCUGAAUGAGCAGGGCCAGCUCCGGCAUGGAAAUAAACAGGCCAUGAACCAAAGCUUUCCUGGGAUUGCCAGAAGCGAAGUGCUGGCUGACUGUUUUCAACACAGUGGUGAGCGGUCCUCAAGGGAGUAGGAUGUCAGGUAAUGAUAUAACUAUCUUAGUUUAUGUAAGAACCCCUUGGAUGUCAAAUAAUUGGUUCUCAGAAGCUUCCCAGGUCCUUUGCUCCUCGUUGGCUGGCAGUGCUGUGGGAAGACUCUUGUGGUAUUCCAGUUGGAGAUCUGGGUCAGGGAACCAGAUGUUUAGGAAAAUGAGUGUUGGAAUGGACCAAACUUUUUAUCUCCAAGGUGCUUUUUUGGACAGCACUUCAAGUAGGGUGAGACUUGCCCGUCUCAAUAGAACGUCCCCUUUCUGCAUGUCCUUGAGGGGCUGUAGGAACUGCCAGGUCCCCAUCUUGAUGCAGACCUAAUGCAGUUAGUUCUUAAAUGCACUGGAACAAAAACUGACCAAACCUUGUGGAUAGUUUUGGGGAGGGGAGCAAAGGGGUGAGGCCUACAAUGUUGUCUUGGCUUAAAUGACUUGGUUGUAACUGUGCCUUCACUCCCCUUGCUUCCUGGCUACCUCGCCCAGGAAGUGACCUGGACAAGGUAGCCAGGAAGCACAUUCUGUUUUGGUUCUCUGACUCACAAAACUGGCAGCACAACAGAAUAGGAUUUCUUCAGCUCCACUGCCCAGCCAAGGACCAUGCAGUGUGUGCCCCUCUGCAGAGGCUGGGCUUAAAGGUUGGGGUCCUGAGGCUCAGGUUGAUGAACAGGAAACAGAUUGGCCUCUGAGGGUGAAAGGGCAAAAGAGAAUUGAAACAAGUUUGUUCCUUUUUCAAGUGCCUGGGCAGAGAGUUUCCCUCUCAGGCUUCUGGUUUUCCUGACAUGUUCCAGGACUCUGUGAACUGCUACAAUUCCUGGCAGUCAGACAAUCAGCUCCACAGCUGGAGAUGCACUUUCACUUACCGCCUUUUUAACAAGCUUUGUGUACUCUUGAGCUUCAUGUUUUAAUAAACAUUUCUACUGAA